CUCUCUCUCUCUCUCUCUCUCUCUCUCUCUCUCUCUCUCUCUCUCUCUCUCUCUCUCUCUCUAGAUGGCGGGACAGAGAGGCUACGGGGCAAGAAGUCGAGACAAUCUUUACGCUGCUGCCGAAUCUGUCAACGAAAUGCUGGCUCAGUUGAAGGGCAUGGACGGCGGGCGCAGGGGCAGUGGCAGAGGCAGGAGGGGCAACUGGAACCCACCACCACAAGAGGUAUGGGGAGAGAUGCGGCAUCCAGAGGAUGGUUGGUGGCGAGGCAGGGACCGAGGAAGGGCAGGCCCUGGCAGGAAUCCUUAUGUCCGGAGAUGGCUCCUCCCAGGGAGCCAGAGCGAGGACCCCGAGGGCGCCAGCAAAAGGGAGGCAAUUUCGGUCAGCGCAUUUCCUGUGAGCAGGGUACAGUCCAGCAGUUGGUGAUGGUACUGUCAGAGAACCCAAGCUUCACCAUGAGUCUCCUUAACCUGCUGGAGUACCACAACCUGCAGCCCAAGGAUGUGAGGCAAAUGGUAGCCUAUAAUGGCCACUUGUUCCAACUACAGAACGAUGAGGUGGUGCUUGCUCCCCGUCUGAAGCUGUGUGAUGCCCAUUCUAGUGACAGUGGGUGUCAGGAUCGCAAGGGUUGUGACAGCCUUCACAUGUGCAACAAGUAUGUGCUAGGAUGGUGCAGUGAAAAAGAGGGUUGUGUGUUGGGUCACAGGUGGCACACUGACCACAACCUGGCCAUUCUCAGGCGGCUCUCCAUGGAAUAUGUCAGGUAUCGUGUACUACAUGAACUGCUGCGAAGGAGCCACAGGCGGGGCCAACACGGGAGCCGACAACAGGCCGGACCUCUGGAUGUGUGCAAGGAAUACAACAACGCUGGAUGUAACCAACCCAAAUGCCCCAGCCUGCAUGUGUGCCUCAGCUUCGUGGUGGGCCUCACUAUCUGUACCCAGGACAACUGCGACCUGAACCAUAACCUGCUGAACCCUGCUUGCUGUCACCUACUCAAACUUCACCAGCUGCCUAUGAACGAGGCACCACGAGAUGUGGCCAUGGCCAUCCUUCUGGCCAAUCCUGGGCUGAAAGACAGAGCGAAGUCCCAUCCCAUCAAGGCUGCAGCUCGGGGUCAGGAAAGAAAGGGAAACAAGGCAAAGAAACUCCAGCAGGAAGGGAAUAGAAAGAAACAAAUCCCUACAAAAAAGGGAAAGAAAGUGAGCUCAUCUUCAAGUACUGAAAGUGAAACGGAAAGUGAAAGUGAUGACGAUGACUCAGACGACAAAGGGAAGAAAAGUCAUAAAGUAAAAAGCUCACAUUCUUCAAAGGCAAAAUCUAGAAAGACCAGCAAACAAGAUUCGUCAAAAAUCAUUCAGACAAGGGCAAGGGACGAGACACUAAAGGUAAACAGUUACCAAAACAAGACCAAAAAGACAGUGCUUCGCCGGGAACAAAACCGCACGCUGCACCUAAGCCAGCGCCAUCGCCGCACGCUGUGGGCCCACUACCUGCAGGGGGAUGUUGCCGAUCCACGGAUCUGUUAUUACUCGGUAGAAACCAUAUGUCGCGACGAGGCUACUGGCUGCCCAAAGCUUCACUGCACAACACACUUCCACUGGCAGGUGAAGGAGCAGGAUGGUCGCUGGAUCAACCUUCCUCCUAAAGAAUCACUCAGAAUCGAGAGGGCGUUCUGUAAUCCUGCCAACGACAACGUAGCCCUAUCUCGUCUUGAACCCGAAAAGCUGGAUCCCUCUACAACUGGUCUCCUCCUGCUGCUUGGCCGUGACAUCUGGCAGGCUGACUUCCUCUCCAGUAAGCUCACUAACUCUACAAAAAGCAAAACGCUACAGCUGCGGCGCCUGUGUACAGAGAUAAUAGCCGGCCUGGCCCUCAAGGCAUCAACCUACCACUGGUACUUCCUGGACAUUAAUAAGAAAUGGGUGAAAUACGGCAAUAUGGACACUACUAGCCGCCAAGAGCUGGUUAGCAGCAUCACCUCAACAGACAUCGAGAAUCACUACGAGAAAACCCCACAGCAGCCUCUCCACUUCAAGAAUUCUAGGUUCUCGUACAUAUUAAACUUUGACUCCAUGACACAGACCAACCAGUCUACGGGAGUGAUCCGG